AUGCCAGACAGUGCAGUGUGGACAGCUUCCUCAACUCGCUCGCUCGGGCUUCUGCAGGGUCUCUUUGGUCGACGGCAAAUGCCAUGCCUAGGCGCCGGUUUCUCUUCUUGCAGCAUCCUUCAAAUGAUCCAAGUCCCCCAUUGCCGUGCUUCCUCCACCACGGACGUCACACACGUCAUGGCGAUCCCUGCCUCUUCCAGCCCUGCUAUGCCCGAGUUGACAGACGUGUUGGACCGCCUGGGGCUGUCUGAAUAUCAUCACGUCCUCGUCGAGAAUGGCUUCCACAGCUGGGAGACGGUCGUCGACAUCACAGAGGAGGAUCUGACCGCCCUCAACUUCAAGCUGGGCCACCGCCGCGCCCUGCAGCGCGAAAUCGCCACCUUUCGCGGCAUCCCCUCGACCCUCUCCCUCGAUCUCGACAGCAACUCGACUGAACCCAUCUCGCUCUCCACUUCCCUCUCCACUUCCGCCCUCGAGACCCUGACGAGGCAGACCUCGACCCCACCCGCGCGCGAGAAGAGAAGGUACCGACGACAUCCGCGGCCAGACGCCAAUGCCCCCAAGAAGCCCAAGACAGCCUAUGUCAAUUUUGCUGAUCAGCUGCGGCUCGAUCCAGCCGUCGGCCAGCUCUCCUUUGUCAACAUUGCACGAGAGGUGGGUCGACGAUGGCAGGAGCUGCCCGCGGAGCAGAAGCGUGUCUGGGAGAGCAAUGCGGCCCGAGCGAUGCAGGAGUUUGAGGCCCAGAUGGACGAGUACAAGAAGACGGACAACUGGCGCAACUACCAGAUCUAUCUCAACGACUUCAGGACCCAGCAAACCGCGCCCUCGAGCAAACGCCCGGGAAACAGUCGGUCCACCACCGACACCUCCAACAACACGAGACAGCUGUCGCGUGCGAGCCCGAGCUCAUCCGACAGCCCAAUCUCACUCCCAUCGAACCAGUCGACCGGAACCGAGGCCGAAUCAAGUCACAAUGCACUCACGCUGGCCUUCAACGAGCUCGUCGCCCUCCGAGGUGAGAUUCUGAGCCAGGGCACGCCAGCCUACGACCAACACCACUUACCGUCCGAGGAGCUUCUUCGCCGCUCCAUGCAUGCCUUUAUCCGUGGCACUGGCUCUCUUCUCUACAUGUGGACCUAUGCCCAAGCUGACGAGAUUCUCGACCGCAUCUACCGCCCCAGGCUGCCAGUCGAUGCCAUGACGCUGGCAGAGUGCUUCACCGUGGCCGCCAUGGGCGCGCAUUAUGACGUGGAUUGCUUCCCUGACCGUCUUCGCCGCGUGCUCUAUGCUUCGGGGACGUUGCAUUUCAACGAGCAGACUGCGCGGCAGGACUAUCUGAGGACGAUGCGUCUGCUGCUUUCCAUGUCUUUUUAUGCGCUGCUGGAGAAGCACAUGAGUGCGAGAUAUCUCAUUGCAGCCGGUCUGCAAAUUGCUCGCUGGAAGUGUCCCCCACUACACUUUUCCACGAGCAAAUUGGCAGGCGACGGCUGGAGAAGGGUGUAUCGAAGCUUGAUCUUCAUGGACUGUUGGUUGAGCUACACGCUUGGCUACACGUCUGAUGUCCUGCCCAUGGACGUGCAGAUUGCCUGCAGCCCGCAACGUCAGGAUCUCGUCACCGUCGACGAGCUCAUUCACGUUCAGAUGAGCAAAAUUGGGUUGAUUGCAGCAGAGAUUGCAAAAACGCUAGCCUCUCCUGAGCUGGUGACGCGGGAAAACAUUCAGAUGCUCACGCAAAAGCUGGAAAACUGGCGCCUCGACGUUCCACCGAUGCUGCAAAUUCCCGCCCUCACUUCAAACGCGUCGCCAGACUUGACCGUCUUCCAGCGUCGAGCGAUCCUGAUGGUCCACAUCAUGUAUCUCGGUGCUCUCGUCCUGCUGUACCGCCAGCUCCUCGUAGCCACAGCGGAAGCCCAACUCACAGAUGGUGCUGCCGCGCAUUCCAACUUCUCUGCCGACGAUGCACGCAUCUAUCGCAGCGAGUGUGCGACAGCAGCCCAGCAAAUCGCGCGAAUCCUCAAGCUGAUUUCCUCUGACGGCACCCUGACCCGGCGCUGUUGGAUUGUCAUCUACUGGUCCUUUUCCGCCGCCGUCGUGCUGCUCUUCAGCGCGACUACGAAACUCGUCGACGGUGAGCCCCAGGGAGUCGAUGCCGACCUCACAUAUGCCAAAUCCUGCAUGGACAUGCUGGAGCCAUGUCGGCACUUUGAGCCCAUUGCCGCACGCUUUCUGGACACGUUAUGGCCUUCUUAUGAUGCCCUACGCGACGUCCACCAGCGCAUAAUAGGCCGAUCGAAAACCAGCAUCUUUGCGCUCCUGCAAGCCGACCCCAGCCAACUCAGCCCACCGGUCACGGUGUCCAAACAGGAAAUGGGACCCAUUUCCGAGAAACUGUCAUCUCUACUCAUGGAUCCCUUUGGCCGCAAACAAGGCCUAACCGAUGACGGAAGUAUGAGACGGCUUUUGAAUGCGGAUGGCAGCUGUGCCGUGUUCUGGUGGAGCUGCGAUCAAAUUGUUGACCUAGCAACUGACGAGGACGACGAGGACGACGACGAUGACGAAGAGUUUGUCCAUAACCACAAACGACUGACCGAUUCAUGA